UGAUGGUUCAAGAGCUAGCUGAGGGAGCUGUGUAUACAUCAGCUUUGCCUGAGGGAUGCUGGAGCUUGGAGACCAGGUGCCUCUGGGACUGUCCCCUCUGCAGGCCUCCAGGAUCAUGUGGUACAUCGGCACUCGGGGGAUGACCCCACGAGUUGACUUUGAGGGGGCCCUGUUCUCUGGCUAUGCACCCGAUGGGGGCCUCUUCAUGCCUGAGGAACUCCCGCAGCUGGGCAGAGAGACCCUGUGUCAGUGGAGUGUGCUCUCCUACCCUAGCCUGGUGAAGGAGCUGUGUGCCCUCUUCAUUGGCCCUGAGCUCAUUCCAAGAGAUGACUUAAAUGAUCUGAUUGACCGAGCCUUCAGCAGAUUCCGCCACAGAGAGGUGGUCCAUCUGUCCAGGUUGAGGAAAGGGCUGAACGUGUUGGAGCUGUGGCAUGGGGUCACGUAUGCAUUUAAGGACCUGUCCCUGAGCUGCACAGCACAGUUCCUGCAGUACUUCCUGGAGAAGAAGGAGAAGCAUGUCACCGUGGUUGUAGGAACAUCUGGGGACACAGGGAGUGCUGCCAUUGAGAGUGUUCAAGGGGCAAAGAACGUGGACAUCAUCGUUCUGCUGCCCAAGGGUCGCUGCACGAAGAUUCAGGAGCUGCAGAUGACAACAGUGCUAAAGGAGAACGUCCAUGUGUUUGGAGUGGAGGGAAACAGCGAUGAGCUUGACGAACCCAUCAAGGCCGUGUUUGCUGACGUGGCUUUUGUCAAGAAGCACAAUCUGAUGAGUCUGAAUUCAAUCAACUGGUCCCGGGUCCUCGUGCAAAUGGCCCACCACUUCUUUGCUUACUUCCAGUGUGCACCAUCCUUAGACACGCACCCACUGCCCACCGUGGAGGUGGUUGUGCCAACGGGGGCCGCUGGUAACCUUGCAGCUGGGUGCAUUGCUCAGAAAAUGGGCCUGCCCAUCCGCCUGGUCGUGGCAGUGAACCGCAAUGACAUCAUCCACAGGACUGUCCAGUGGGGAGACUUCUCUCUGUCCAAGGCCGUCAAGCCAACCUUGGCAUCAGCUAUGGACAUUCAGGUGCCCUACAACAUGGAGAGGAUCUUCUGGCUGCUAUCCGGCUCUGACAGCCAGGUGACAAGGGCCCUCAUGGAGCAGUUUGAAAGGACCCAAAGUGUGAGUCUACCCAAGGAACUGCACAGCAAGCUUUCAGAGGCAGUCACAUCUGAGUCAGUGUCGGAUGAGGCCAUCACCCAGACCAUGGGCCGCUGCUGGGAAGAGAACCAGUACUUGCUGUGCCCUCACUCGGCCGUGGCCGUGAGCUACCAUUACCAGCAGACUGACAGGCAGCAGCCCAGCCCUCCUCGGUGUUGUCUGGCCCCCGCCUCUGCAGCCAAGUUCCCAGAAGCUGUCCUGGCUGCCGGGCUGAUCCUGGAGACUCCCUCAGAGAUCCUAGCCCUAGAGCAGAAGGAGACACGUUGCACCCCAAUGCGGAGGGGUGACGACUGGACGCUGAUGCUUCGGGACACAAUUGAGGACCUAAGCCAGCAGUGGAGGGGUCCCUUCCUGAAUGCCCGGGAAUAGCCAGGCUGGAGUUGGCUUCUUUUAGGCUUCAGAUCCCAGGGAGGCGUGCCCUUGGAACGGCCCUGUAUACCUUCUCCCCAUUAAGAAUUGGUGUAGGACAUUCUCAGGAGGCUGCUCAGUGGGGUCUGGAGCCAGCUGGUUUUGCUCCGCUCCAUGGCUGCUCUGUGCAUUCACCGCGGCGAUGUUGUGCCUGGUCAUCGGUGAUGCCGGGUGGGGGUGUGGAUGAAUGCUGGAGGUGCGCCCCCACUGCUGCACGGUGCAGGAGCAUCACUGCUGCAUCUGAGAGUUUCAGGGACUGCAAAUGAAGAGCCUUGGGCACAGAGUCGACCUCAGACCCUGAACUUGUGCUGGUGGGGCCACUCACUCCAUUAACGCAGGCCUGGGGCUCAUGGUCUCUGAGCCUUGGUUUAUCUGGUCCCCAAGCCAGAUCCACAAGUCUUGGCCUGCCUUGUCAGAGGCUUCCGCUCUGUUAAAAUGUUGUGAAUCCCUGCAAUAAAAGUACAUGUUCAGUGUGA